AUGGGAACCAGGAGCAAUCAUGAAGGAGAGCAGGCUGCUGCUGAUCGGGGGGAAGGCAAGCGGAGGAAGGUAAAUCAUGGACUGGAGUCAAACGAAGGAACUUAUAAGCGGGCAUCUGGUCGUCUAAAUGCGACGCCAAACGAUAGCACAAUAUCGCAUAUCACUCCACCGAAUGAACCUACGUACCACUUCAAAAAUGGGUUCAGAAUUGUGCUCCCAUAUAACCAUGUCUACGAAACUAACACAAAAGGCAGGUGGUUCGGCCGCCGAUUGUACGACGUCAUGGCGUCAGAGUUCGCUGCAUUCACCGACGAAUACGUUAAACACGCCUGUGCUCAUGGCCUCAUGAAAGUGUUCGAUGUGAGGGGCAACGAUUUGUACCCAGAACCAGGAGAACACGUGAUGGAACACGUAUGCAAGCCGAACGAAAGAAUAUGGCAUCUAGCAAUUGUUCACGAGCAGUUGGCCCUAGAUACGAAAGUGCGCCUUCUGCGGGAAGAUGAGGACUAUAUCGCAGUAUCAAAACCAUGCAGCAUCCCUGUAUACCACACCGGGACAUAUCACUUCAACACGCUCGUUGAGGUGCUAAAACAUGAAGUGCUGGCAGACAAAAAUGCUCAGUUGUUCCCAGUGCACAGAUUAGACAAGCUGACAUCCGGCGUUAUCAUCUUGGCUAAAUAUUCCAAGGCCGCGUCAGCAUUCUGUGAGGGCGUUCGAAACAACGAACUACGCAAGGUCUACGUGGCGCGUGUGAAGGGCGAUUUUAGCCCCGUUUUGGACAACCGUGAAUGCCUUACCGUUAAUGACGGGGUGGGUGACGGUCGUGUCGCCUGUUGCCAUGGGUUCAUGCGAGUUGUGUCGCACAAACUUAGCAUACACGAAUUCACGCUGGAUAACACGAAGAGCAACGUUAAACCAGCGGAAACACGAUUCCGUAUGGUGGCGCAUAAUCCGGAACUGAACGAGUCGCUGAUACUGUGCUACCCCGUCACUGGACGUACGCAUCAGAUCCGAGCUCACCUGAAGUUCCUUGGUUUCCCAAUUUCAAAUGACAAAUGUUACAAUGACGGCGACCUAUGCGACGACAGCAAGUACUUCAAGAAGAUACCGGCAGUGCACUGGGAGGUUGAUGAGCACGGCCGAUGGCAGCUGCCUGAGUUGGAAUUCGUGGCACCGCAGCCGGCACAAUUCAUGCAUGGCAGCCGAGACUACCACGUUGGGCUGAAUAAACCUGUGGAAGGGCUCCACCGCAGUCCAACAGGAAUAUUUUUACACGCACUGCGUUACGUAUGGGAGCAGAAAUUUAGUGUGUCGGAUACCGCCCCUGAAUGGAUUCGGGAUUUCGACGUCGACGCAGAACGCACAGACCUCGCAAAAAUGGAUCUUUGGUUGGAACGGGCGGAAACGGAGAAGUAA